AUGAUAUCGGACAUUAGGACAUUAUUCACUACGAAUUCUCUCGAUUCCGAUGAUAUUCACGAAAAAGUUUUGGAAUUAGGAUCAGAUUAUCUACGUGGUGGAUGGAGUCUUUUGGAGAAAAAUGAAAUUGAAGUGACACAAAUAACUGGCGGACAAUCUAAUCUGAUCUAUAUGGCAUCGUGUAAAAAUUCGAAAAAACUUUCUUCUGACACUCCUGAAUGUUUUCUAAUACGAAUUCAUUGUCAACCAUCGUCUCAAGUCUUCAAUGAUACUGUCAUAUUCUCUGUUAUGUCUGAACGGGGACUUGGUCCAAAGCUUUACGGAUUCUUUCCAGGAGGUCGAUUGGAAGAAUAUCUUCCGAGUAGAACUCUUGAUACCGAUAGUAUUAAACUUCCAGAAAUCGCUCGAAGAGUCGGCGCUCUUUAUCCGAAAUACCAUGAAAUAGACGUUCCGAUUUCGAAAUGUGCAGGAUCUCUUCGAUUUAUUAGGCAUAACUUGGAAGAAUAUAAGAAACUCGGCGGAUCGGUCCACAAAAUGCGCCCAUAUUCUGUGAAAUACGAAGACGAGCCACUUCGAGAAACGAUUUCGGUUGAUGAGUUAGAACGAGAAAUUGAAGUUUUCGAGGAAUGGUCCAAGGUUUUCGAUGACACCAUUGUUUUCAGUCAUAAUGAUCUGGCGCCAUUGAAUGUUCUCGAAUUGAACGGCACGAAAGAAAUAGUUUUCAUUGAUUUCGAGUACGCUUCGUACAAUUGGAGAGGUUUUGAUCUAUGCAUGUUCCUCUGUGAAAACGCAUUCGAUUAUCGUGUCCCACCACCAGGAGUCAGGAUUGAUCAGAAGUUCUUAGUGGAGCAUCCGAAUAUGCAAAUCUUCUGUGAAGCUUACAUUGAUAGUCUCUACAAAAUGAAAUCAUCGAAUCCUGAACGAAAGUUUCCACUAACUGAGAAUCGAGAGGAGGAGAUUCGCAAGCUUGAAAUGGAAAUCCAAUUCUUCAUUCCAUUAGUGAACCUUUUUUGGGCAGUGUGGUCCCUCAAAAGUUUCUUGGCUAAGCAUGACAAUGGGCACGAUCUAGAAGUGGCUGCAAGUGAUCGUCUAACUCUAUAUUUUCACUGCAAACCAAAGUCAGAGUCUAUCUACAAUUUACUCAAAAAAUAA